AACAGCAAAACCCCGUUUCAAGUUGAAGAAGCCAACUUCUGAAACAAUGCAAAUGGGAGAUGAUAAUCCCAGGAUCAUGUUCGGUGUGAUCAUCAGCGUUUACGUUGAUCGUCAAACGACGACCGUCCGAUCGUUUCGAGCGAGACCGAGAAAUGAAGGGAUGUGGAAGCGUGGGAUCGGAAGGACGAACGGAUAUGAUCGGAGAGCGAAUCUUUUAGCUCAUAUUCGUCAGCUGAGGUCUGAAAAUGAAGCCGGAGAUUCGAAACGCGACGGCGUAGAGAGUGAAAACGUACCCGACCGGCCGAACGCGAAGAAGAAGAAACGAAGGUGGAUAAGAAAAAUGAUGAGUAAGUUCCGGUUACCGUUUCUCCGGCCAUUUCGACGGAAAAACAGGACGUGGAGAUACCGCCAAUUUGUUCCAGAUGAAGAAGAGGGAGAAGCAAAGAGCAGAGCUUACAGUUCAGAUCUUUGGAAAAAGCUUAAACAUGUGGUCGGAGGGUUAUCACGCGGCUGCAUACGAAGUAGAAGAGACUCAUGAAGACAAUUUCAAGAAACAGACUGUUGUCCGAAGUUAGCAGUGAGGAAUGAUUACAUCUUUUUUUCUUUCCAC